GGCCUCUGCCGUCGCCGCCGCCGCCCGCAGCAUGGCCGUGGCGGGGGAGCCGCCGCCGCCGCCCGCCGCCAUCCCCUCCUUCGCCGUGGCCCGCGGCCUGGUGGGGCGCCGCUACUCGUGCCUGGUGGUGGCGCCGCACCGCAGGCACGUCGCGCUGGCGCCGCGCUACCUGGGCCGCAAGCGCACCGGCAUCCGCGCCCAGCUCGACGCCGAGCUCCUGCGCUACUCGGAAAGCCUUCAGGGUGUGCCUGUGGCUUACGACAACAUCAGAGUGGUGGGUGAGCUCGGGGACAUUUACGACGACCAAGGAUUCAUCCACCUGAACGUCGAGGCGGACUUCGUCAUCUUCAGCCCCAAGAAAGGGAAAAAACUGGUGGGUGUAAUUAAUAAAGUGGCCCCUAGUCAUAUUGGCUGCCUGAUACAUGGAUGCUUCAAUGCUUCUAUCCCUAAACCUGAACAAAUGUCGAUUGUACAGUGGCAAGACCUGGGGUUAAAAAUAGGGGAUGAACUCAAAUUUCAAGUAUUGCACUUGGAUUCUGAUGCAGCUGGGGUGUUCUUCAUUCGAGGGGGACUCACUAAAAGGAGCAUGAAGCCCAAACGAUCUGAGACUGUCACUGACAGUACAAAUGGAGAUGAAAUUCAAAAGCUUGACCACCAGGAAAAUGACUUGAAUGACUCUGGGGGAGAUAAUGUCACAGAGGAGCCUCUGGGUGAGACGGAUAACACCGGGAGGGAAAAAGGAGAAGAGCAAAGUGUUGAUGCUGUGAAUGGAUUGUGCGAUGAUAAAAACAAGAAGAAGAAAAAGAAGAAGCAUAAGCAAGAAGAACAGGAACAUGUAUUGCCUACCAGUGACUCCAGUGGUUACCAAAGUGACCAUAAAAAGUCAAAGAAAAAGAAAAGAAAGCAUUGUGAUGAAGUUGAAGAAAGUGAAUUAUCUCAGCUGUCACAAGAACCCAAAGCUAAAAAGAAAAGAGACUAAAGUCUGAAGUGCCUUUCCUGAAUGAGAUUUCAGAUGUUUUUGAUAAGCUUCCAAUAAAAUCCUGUUUUCAAAAUGCA